AUGAAGCUUCUCAGUGAACGGCAAGAAGUAAAGGCAUCCAAGGCAGAGUGGGAUACGGACCAGUGGAAAACCAACAACUAUAUCAAUGAGAGCACGGAAGCCCAGAGUGAACAGAAAGAGCAGAGGUCAAGUGAGCACACUAAAGUUCCAGGAUAUGGCUUCAACAACAAACUCAUCCUGGCAGUAUCUGUGACUGUAAUUGUAACAAUUUUAAUCAUCAUUUUCUGUCUCAUUCAGCAGAUAUACCGUCAUAGAAGGGCACCAAAGGACGGUGAAGAAGCAUUCCGAAGGGGCAUUUCCAGAGGUCUGCCACACAGGACAUCCUCAUCCCAAAGUGUGACUCAGAGUGGCUUUUUCUUAAGAUGGCCACUCUGGCUUAGGGAUAUGUACAGACGUCUCAGUGCCACACGCGUGAAAAACAUGACAUGGCACGGAAGCUGCACGACAAGAAGUCUGCCAGUGAGGACGAGACCUUCAACAGGUACACUUGGUAAAUGAUGGGCCCUCACAGUUCCCAUCUAAAAUGAGGAGGGGGUAAAUGAUGGGCCCUCACAGUUCCCAUC